UUUGUGUCUACUGUAUGUUCUACAGAGGAGGAAGGACUGGUGUAAAACUCUUCAGCUUCAUCAACCUCCAUGAAACAAGACUAGACGAAGGAAAUGAGAGCGUGCUCUCCGAAAGCAGGAACUGAUAAGACAGAGUUUGGCCACAGACAUUUGAAAGGGGAGGUGUUUUUUUUUUUUUUGCUGUUUUCUUGUGGUUGCUAGUCUGACACAGAAUCUGGAAACUUUGGUUUCCGUAACGUCACUACACUGCUGUCCACAGUAUAGAGGAGGGACUUGGUUCUCUCUAGCACUUCUUGGUUUGCUUUCUCUCUUUUUGUUGCUUUUUUCUAGUCGUCGCUCUGCCACAGAAGAGUCAUGGCUGGGCUCUAGAGCCGAUUCGGACUCCUAGUCGCGUGGCCGAUUUGCACGUCAGUUUGUGGCCGUCUUGCUCAGCGGUACAUGCGAGUGAUUCAUCUUCAAAGGGACUGCGAUGCAUGAGGGGAAAACUAGAAACUUGUGCACGAAACGGUUCACCACUUCCUGACAUGCUCAUGUAAUGUGUCUGCGGAGAGGCCCAGUGACGUGCAGACACAGACACCGACACCAACGUACCGUAUGUCAGUCAACCUCAGCUUAGUCAUCAGGAGCUGAGGUUUUGAGCUAUACUCACCUUCACUUCACCAAUCAGCAAUGGCGUCCUCCUUCAACUCCAGCUGUGUGGUCAAUGACAACAUGGAGCCCUUCGCAGCCAUGUACAUCGUCAUCUUCCUGGUGGGGAUGGCUGGGUGUCUGGUGUCCCUCUGGGCCUUCGUCCGCGGCCGCGCCACCAAAAAGUGCAUGAGCGUCUACCUCAUCAACCUGCUGACCUCCGACUUCCUCCUGAUGCUCGCGCUGCCGUUCAAGAUCGCCAAGGACCUGGGCGUGGACUCGGUCCCCUUCAGCGUCUUCCAGUGCCAGUGCAGCAGCGUGCUCAUCUACAUCAACAUGUACGCGUCCAUCACCUUCCUGGCCUUCGUGAGCAUGAACCGCUACCUGCAGAUCACCCAGAGCUCGCGCCUGCUCCACCUGCAGGAGCCGUGCUUCGCCGGCGUCAUGUCCGCCGUGGUCUGGCUCCUGGUGCUCUUCAUCAACGUGCCCAACAUGGUCAUCCCCAUCGAGGAGGAGCUCCCCGCGGCGCCCUUCGGCUGCGCCGAGCUCAAGACCCAGUUCGGGAAGCACUGGCACGUGCUGUCCGUCUUCCUGGGCAUGGCCAUCUUCCUCAACGCCUCGGCCGCGCUGCUGCUCUCCAACGGCCUGGUGCUGAAGCAGCUGUGGGGGCGGCGCCACGCCGAGCCGGCGGAACGCGCCAGCGCGCGCCAGGCCACCGUCAGCAUCGCCACGGUGACCGGGGCCUACGUGCUGUGCUUCGUGCCGUACCACGCCGUGCGCAUGCCCUACACCUUCACCCAGACCAACAUCAUCGGCGACUGCGAGCUCCACCGCUCGCUCUUCCUCGCCAAGGAGUCCACGCUCCUGCUGGCCAUCCUGCACCUGUGCUUCGACCCCAUCCUCUACUUCUACCUGUCCAGCUCGGUCAGGUUAAAGGUCACCGGGGUGCUCUCCAGCAUGAGGGGCCGUGCCGUGGACAAAGAGACGGCGCCUGGCCCUGAACUAGAGCAGAAGCUAGCGACGGAACCAUGAGAGAGAGAGAGAAAGAGAGAGACAGAGAGAGAGAGAGAGAGAGAGAGAGAGAGGAAGAGAGGGGGGGAGAGAGAGAGAGAGAAGAGAGGAAGUGACAGUGGGACUAAAAGAGAGGAUGAUAGCAUAUUACGUCUGUAAGAAAGGGUUUGUGGUUUGUGGCUUUGUGCUUUUACAUAACCCUACAACUCUAACCCUCUCCCUGACCAUGGACCCUGGCCAUAACGAAUGUAUAAUGAGCGGGUAAAAAAGAGAAAUGAAUGAUACAGUAUAAGUGUGUGUGUGUGUUCAUGUGUGUGUGAGAUAGAUAGAUAGAUAGAGAGAGAGAGAGAGAGAGAGAGAGAGAGAGAGAGAGAGAGAGAGAGAGAGAGAGCAAAGGAAGGAGUGCAUGCGUAUGUGUACGUGAGAGAGAGGGUGUGACGGACACCACGGGAAAUAAGAAAAGCAGACAGAAGGAGACAAAAUCAGUGCAACGUGACUGUGAGACAUCAUGAAACCAGUAGAAACCUGUCCAAAAUGGUGGAAAGACCAUGUACGGUCAAUAAUAGAGUCCGACUGACCACAGAACUAGGAUUGGUAUCUAGAAAAAAACAACUUCCUGUUUUCACACACAACUAGGGCUAUUGUACAGAGACUGCCUUCACAGGCAGGUGCAGACUGAGUUUGUCUUUUUCAUCUUUGUGUGCAAGCAAAGUGCGCUUUAGCGUGUUCUACUGUACUGUCUCUCUUUUUAUACUUUUUGGUGCGUUUACUCAGAGAUAUUGUAAUUUAUUGUAUAAGAUUAUCAUAUUGUAAAUAGAAGUACAAAUCCAUAGAAAUAUAAUAAAAUACUGCAGCAGUAUUAUAAUUAUUGUUGAUUAACCUUAUGAUACUGCAUUGUAGGUCUGGGCUACUAUUGACACAUUUUAGUCAUGAUGCACUUAGGUGAUGAACAGUCUACUUCUUAGUUCUUUGAGCAAAGACUAUAAUUUAAUAAAUGUAUUUUAGGUUAAUGUACUGUAUAGGCUACUUUGUUUUUAAUUGAAUUGCUUAUUAAUCAAAUAAGUAGAAUCAUAUCAUAAAUGGGUCAGAUUUAUCUAUACAUUUGCAGUCCUCUGCCUGAUGAUCUUUGGUAAAAGUCCACAAAUCAACAAAUGAAAGAAGAAAAAUAAAUGAAUUACAAAAGAAAACAAAUCAACAAAACAUGCAAAACAUGCAAACAUACUGGCGGCUGUAAUUUG